AUGGAAGCCCUUGAAAAACGUAAUGCUGCUCCCACUGCCACAAGACACCAGAGCAAUACUGGCCGUGUGGAAGGUAACGCAUUUUGAACUCGAUAGGUCCUGCCUAUCGCUUUUUCCCAUUUGCGGUAGCUCUGUUGUCUACAUAUGGCUGUCAGGGCACUGCCUUUUGUCGUUAGUCUUGAAGUGGUAGCCGAGGUCCCUCGAAACUGCGAAGGCACGAGUUAACACGGUCUGGCAGAUGAAGUACAGGGGCGGUCUGUGCUAGUCAGCAGUUUUCCGCUGAUGUUGUUCAUGGGGUCUGAUAUAGAAGGCGAAAGAGACAUCGGGACACCCAAAUGAGGAGCGCAAUAAGACUGUUCUUUCCUGAUAGAAGGUGUGUCGACUAAACAUUGACUGCGGGAGGGGCCCUAGGACAAUGAUGUUGGUUCGAGUGCAAGACUGUCUAGUGAAGCUACUUUCGUCUUUCCACGGGUUUUCUCCUGCAUACUUUUCUCCAAGUCGUGCCCGCGUUUUUUAUGCAGUCCCGAGUUUCCGUCGGCAUUGAAGUACGUGUAUUGUAAAAUAGCCAACAGAAACGCCUAACUGUUUUGGAUUUUGCGGUUUUUAAGUGACCAUUUGAUAAGCCGGCUUUGUCACCUAUGGUAUCAAGCGGCCACCUUCUGUCGCAAGUCCGUAUCGAUAACCCUUUACAAAUUUGUUUUUUUAGUCGACAGCCUCGCAAAGCGUGCGGACGCUCUUCUUGAUUCCGGCAAAGUAAGUGUCUUUCUAUCUCUACUCGCCAUCUCUACUCGCAUUUUAAUUUGACGUUCAUUCUUCUACUUCGGGAAAGGGACCUCUUCCGUCAGAUGAAGAGUUACAGGCACGUCUGGACGCCUUGAAGAGCUUUUCUUACGGCAAACUCCCCGAGCAGAGCUCAUCGUCUAAACCACCGGAAACUGAAGAAGAGCAAGUUAAUAAACUUGUUUCGAAGGUAAAUUGCACGAGUAGUCAAGAAAUCAUAUUUUUUGGAUACACGCGCUCUGCAUUUUGUGUUAGUUAUGUAUGGUCAAACUGCCAUCACUUCCUAUCACCGCGACCAUAUUAAAUGGUGAAAUUCAUUCCUUUCGCAAAUGCCAAGGGUCAACGUUGUCGUUUUAAAACAGUGCUGGCAGGCCGUUCAGAGUUUACGCACUCUGCAUUUUUACGUCAAAGGCUCUUUUGGAAACGCGGACAUUUCUGUGGAUGCGUAUGCAUUUUUCUUAACCUCUGCGCCUUCAUAUUCAACGACCGGGACCCUGUAAUAUAACCUGCUAAAUCCGAGUGUCGUGCCGAAUUUGGCAUUUCUUCAUGUUUCGUUGUUUUUGGUCCCGUUAACUUCAAGAAGACGUGCCAAAGUUGGCUGUAUUGCUCAGAGGCGCAACAAAUCAAGCAUGUUACGUAACGUGAUCGAUGAGUGACCCUCAAGCGAUAGUUAAUAUCUCCCAUCGCAACCUCUAGAACAGGCCCGUGGCUCAGUGGCGGAGCUUUGAACUUUUAAACGCUCAGUGACCGAAGAAUUUGGAUUCGAAACCCCGGUUGCGGAGACCCGGGGCUUGGUAUAGCUGACUGACUUCAAAUAUUAGGACAGACAUAGCCACCCCAGCCCUCCUCGUCUUUGCAUUUAUUUCCGUAUCCCACUCGCCGAGGCCAAACGAAAGAACAGGUUGCAACUGUCAAGGCAGAGUUGAACAGGUUUUCUCGACUGAAAAUUAUGGGUUCCGGUGAUUCUAAGUCUGUGACCCUCAUUGAUCUCCCUAUCGCAGAUGCACCACUGAUGAUAAGUCUCAAUCGUCAGUUCACUAACUUAAAAUCUUGCCAAGUGGUUGUACUACUACCCAACUAAUUAAUCAUACUGCAGCACUGGCAAGUCUCGCGUUUUCUCGAAAAGGAUUCGACGCAUUAACAUAGGUUUCGAUGAAUUAUUUCCGUCAUUUGACGUGGUACACUGUGUUUUUCUAGAUAUAGCAUGACUUGGUAAUUAACUAUGUAGCUGAGCACCUACAGGGCAACCCUUUUGACAUUUCAAGACAGUAUGUCUUGGAAAUCUACUCGCCAACCGGAUAGCACAUUCGUUAUCACAGAGAACCGAGAAUGUGGGUACCUUCAUAGUGACCUGAAUAAUGUCCUGUCUAUAAAAUUCACUCGCGGUGAAUCAUCCGAAAACAACCUCUUGUUGCUAGAUGUGAUCAUUGAAAGCCUGUCUAUAGAAGAGGCUCUGAUGUCGGGAUCAUCCUAAGCUGCGGAGAAAGUUGUGUGCGAACUAAUUCCCAGAGGACUAGUACCAUUUACUGCAUCCCAUCUGUUACUUGUUCCUGCGUCUGCAUUGGCUAGGCAUAGCGAUUCAUAGGGCCUCGUAUCAGCGAACACAAGCUGCCUAUAUGUCAACACAAUCACUCGUCUGCGUGACAGUUCGACGAUCGAUUUCGACUAUGUCCACCGUGUGCUACACAGCAAGGCGCAGCAGACAUGGUGACUUGCGCGUGAAUGAGUUUAUGGUGAGUGUUGACUUGCACAGCAUUUACCGCACUCUCUUCCCCAUUCCCCACCUGGACUCGGUGUCAAGACAGAAUCAAGAAAGAGGGAGGCGGAGAGCGCGGAUGGUUGGCACGGCCGACUCACACCUUGGCGUGCCGCCACACCCCCUGGUCCACAACAUACACUUGACCAGGACUUUUCACCAAUAACAACGACAACACCCCAGCCGGGGUCAGAAGAGCGAGGAUGACUGGGCAGCCGUGCCCACCACUUGGUUACCCAGCGGGAACGCAAGUUUAUCUACCGGCAGAGAACCAGGUGUCGGGGAACUGCCAGCGCAUACCAGGCUACGAGGGGCGAUGGUUUGCUGAUACUUGCGUAGCACACGCUUUCAGACCUUUUGACUCGUCUGCGUACGUAUUUAAAGAUGGCCACUACUUAAGCUGGGAGAAUACUGAAGUGAGCACCAUGGCCAGCACAAAGUAUGCGCAGAAAUUUCUGGAGGCAUGUUACUCCAACACGGGCAGUCUCAAUCAUUAUAUUGAUUUGAACGCUCAGUACGAAGGUCUGAGUACAUGGCUGACUGACUCUGCGUCCACCUUAAGUAAACGGUUGCUAGCCUGGAUUCUCACUGAGCCACCGUUCUCUCUUCCACCCCAAUAAUCCUCACUCCUCAUCCUGAUUCCCUGCCCUCCCUCCACCCCUCGAGUGUGUGCGUUUCAUAAGGGAAUCUUCUCCGCCGCCUUACGCCCUAGUGGGAUAAUUCCACAUCAUGUUGUAUAUCUUCUGACGACGGGUUGGUGUCGCCACCUCAAAAGUCCAAUAGUAGAACUCUAUGCUUCCGGCAAGCCGCCUCUUCGUUUUUCAGGUCGAGAAGCACAUAAAUUCCAUCCGACAGUUCAUUUCAUGCGAGUUCUGAAUUGAAAAUGGCUUCCUUUCGACGUCAUAAACUCCCUCGAGCCCAUUCUCAGAGAGAAAACAGAAACUUACAGUUCCGUUAAAGUUCGAAUACAUUUGCCGAGAGCCAUCUUCAGCUGCGUUAUGGAUCUCUUCUUGGGAUGCUCGGCGGACCCUCGGCAAAUUGAUAUGGAUGUCGACUGAGUCGUCGUGUGGAUGCCGCGUUUCAUGCAUUUGGCGUGAAAUCCGGCCAUCUCAUUGACCUAGAACCGUCACGCAGUCAAGCCAUGCCCGACAACAAGCUCAUGUUAACGUUUACCUGUGUUGACUUAGCUACCGGUUUCACAAACUAUUGGCAUUGGUAUUGUUGCCAGUACUUCCAGUCUGAUAAACGAGGCCAUAUUCUGACUGAAUAGCGGUAGGUCUUUUGGGUUUAUGAGCUGUUGGAGAAUGGUCAUAAGGGAACGGUAAGUGGUCGGAGACUUCAUUAAACAUCUGGAUUUAAUCCUUCAAGACAUCCAUUUAGCAGUGGGGCAGGAAAAGCACGGUCAGUUGCCGUCUCUAGACGGGAUAGUCUAUAGAAGAGGUAUUGGUAAAAUUUGGGCAGCCAUUUAAAGGUAGGCGACUAAUAUCCUUUACUUUGAGCCUUUACGGCAAUCAUUCCCUUUCACGCAAACGCAGCUGCCGAAGAACGCUCUACUGCCGUGCUGAAGCGCGUUAUAACGAGCCGGAUGACUAGAAGACUGAAGUACAAUUCGUAUGAAAGCCCUUUCAAACCAACAAAUAUCUCAAAAGUUUUGUCUUGAAACAUUGACGAAAGCCAACAAGGGAAACGCAAGAAGGAAGCCUAGAUCGAAAUACUGGCGCGAGGUAUUAUUUGUUGCUGGUGUAUCCAGAAAACUUGCUAAAUGAGUCAAUCAACUCCGGAUGGAGGUGACAGACGGGCUUGAUGGGGCAAUUCCCCAACAUCUCAUUAAUCGAAAAGACUCACCUCCAACCAGCCAAAAUCUGGCGUUCUUUACCAGGCCAAGUGCAUUCGCGAUAAUCCCAACUAUUUAUAGGCGUGAUUGAACUCAUGGCCCCCGGUCAGGGUCUCGUAGCUUAGGCGGUUAGAGCGCUGGCUGUAUACGAGCUUUGUACUUGCUGUCGUAAGUUCGAAUCCCACCAAGGCCGGUGAGUUUUUCACACUUGGGUAAGAGGAAUACCAGCUGUACUCGUGAACCUGGCGGAUAAGUCGACAAGGGAAGCGUGAACACGAUCUUGAUGUCGGGCGAAAAGACAGUGUCGUUGUCUGCUCAUUCAUCCUCGGCAGGUCAUAGCUUUGUUUUUUAUGCCUGCGUGACGGCCCCGGGCCAAUCAGAUGAUCAGUUUUUAUGCCAGCUGCAGGAGGCGUGAAAUCCACACGGCAAAUCAGUCGACAGACAUAUCAGUGUACCGCUAGUUUGCCAAGCGCUCUGAGGACAAAUCGAUGGCGCGGCUGGAAACCUCUCCCGGCGAAGGUUUUUAGACUCGAGUCGGGCUGUACGUUUUCAUUUACCCUUGUGGAUGGGCUCGAAUGGAUUUUUGACGUCGGAGUGACCCGUGUCACAAUGUCAGCCCUUGAGGACGCACGGAGAUUGGACAGGGUGGUUGUUGUCUGCCGCAUAUUUUGCGUCCAGGACAGAUUUUUUGCCCCUUCCGCGCCAGGGGAUCAAAGCAAUACAACCCCUAAGUAGGGCAACUUAGUCAUCCUGGACUGCCGAAUUCCACUAUUGGUCUCGAUCAUUUUUUGCGGGAAAACGACCCGAAUUAUCCCGAGCUGCCCAUGGCAUUGCAUACCGCCCUCACCGUAGGACUUUUUGUUUGGGUUUGGUGCGGAAGGAUGGGGCUUUGUUCGGUGUUUUUCGGGUGUGUUGACACACACACACACACACGCACACACCAGACACCCUCUAUCUGACUGGUUAAGGACUGUUAUAGAGGUGUGGCUGCUUUGGUGAGAACGGCGUCAUGGAGCCAAAGAUGAGAGCUGGGUGCCGAGAUGACGCGAAGUAGAAGUACCCAUCGAAUUCACUGAUGCCUUUAGUUGGACUGUAAGCGCAUUACUCAUGAGGGCUUAUUACCACCGUUGCCAUACCCACGCUAACAUGCUCAAAUGGAGUCUCUUAUGCCACACGUUUGUACGGGGCAAUUGCCGACGGUUUAUCUGUGUAAAGCUGUUCGGCGCCCAUCCAACCCCGUCAACGAACCUGGAGUGACCAUACAACUGCAACGUGAGCCUCUGCCCACAACGCCCUGCCAAUGCAACGCAGACUACUGGACACAUCACCCCUUGGGUGAUACAACACAAAACAAAUGGACUCAGGACACUUGGACUUACUUCCGCAAACUAAUAAAAGCGGUUGACACCACAUGAUAACUAUCUUAGACAUGAGGUGCCACCGUAAGCACGUGCCCUGCGUUUGCCAGCGGCUACUGCUGCCCGAGACAGCAACUCAGAAUUCUUUACCCAAUAACCUCCUUCUGAUGUCUCCCCUCUUGCUCUGCUAACCGAGGCUUGACCUGAUGCUUGUAGCGCUCCACGUCCACCAGCCAUUCAAGCCGCCGCAAGGUCACCAAUCAGACCCCUUCUUUCUGUAGACAGUAAAUAAGUGUUUCACUUUGCGUAGCCUUAACCUUCUCGAGUGUGAUGGUACUUACUUGUAUUUGGUACGACUGCGACCAUGUCUGAUAUAGCCGGCCUCAAUGAUGUCUCGAACGGUACCUCUCCACGCGUGACGAUCCGCGACAGCAGAUCUGGACAGUUCAACCCGUUCUCUUCGCUAACAACGGAGACCGAAUACCAAAGGUUCAAGAACCACUUCCAUGUCUUGACAAACUGUGUCGAGCUAGGCUGCGGAUUGACCUCUUCGACGCCUCCGAUGGAGUAACGGUGCCGGAUCGAGGGCACUAACAAUGAGCUCAUGAGGUGGACGACGAAGAACAUGCCCAAACCAUCUCAGUCUUCUUUCUUGGAUGGCCUGAGUUAUCCUUGCGAUGUUGUCGCAGCGAGUGCGCACUGUCUCAUUUGAAACGAAGUCGGUGAACUUCGCUCGAGGGAUGGUCCUCAGGCAGUGGUGGUCAAAUACCUCCAGUUUUCGCUCGUCCUCCACGCGCAAAGCCCAGCAUUCACAACCGUAGAGAAGGACAGACCGGACAGAUGCACGGUACACGCGGAUCUUAGGUCGCGUCGGAUCCAUAGGCAUUUUCUAAGCCUUGAGGAAACCGGGCGGGCAACAUCAAUUCGGGAGACGAUGUCCUCCUUACUCUUUCCAUUCGGCAGCACACCCGCCCCUAGGUAUUUAAAACCAUCAGCCAUCAAUCCUGAGAGGUGCCUUCCCCUGGUCAGGGAUGUAGCUUGAAAACACUUUAGUCUUCCCAGCAUUUAUGGAUAAACCGACCGAUUUAGAGAUCCCGUUCACCCGUGACACCAUAGACUGCGGAUCACCAAAACCUGAAGCGAGUAUGACAAUAUCAUCGGCAUAGACAAGAUCAGUCAAUCCGUGUCCGGGUCCAAACUCAACAUCGUCACCCUCGUGUAGGGCCCUCCCAGAAUCCAGUCAAUAGCGUAGUUAAACAGAAUGGGCGACAGGAUAAAACCCUGUUGAACGCCAGGCCGAAUACCAAACGAUUGGGAAAGAUUGCCGAGGACCAGGACUCGCGCAGUGGUGAAGCGAUAAUAGUCCUGGAUCAUGACGAUGAUUUUUGGCGGUACCUCAUCUAGUGCCAUUAUCCGCCAUAAGGACUCACGAUGAAUGGAAUCGAUCGCGGCGGCAAAGUCAACAAAGCAGACGGCCGUCGGUUGUUAGUAGCUAUGACGGAAUUCGAGAAUGUGCCUAAGUGUGAAUACCUGGUUCGUACAUCCCCGUCCAGCACGAAAUCCGGCGUGGUUAGACCUCGUCCUAGAGUCACGCACAGUCUAGAAUCGCUUGUGAAAGACAAAUGCGAAGAUUUUCGCAGCUUGUGCCGCGGCAGUUCUCGCAUCUUGUCUUAUCUCCCUUAUUGAGGGUAGGUACAAGGAUGCCUGAGCCCCAGUCAUCAGGAGCAACCUCGUUCCUCCACGCUUGUUCAAUCAAAUCAUGCAGCCAGGGCGCUAAGGCAUCGAUACAAGAGUUGUAGAUUUCGGCAGGUAUGCCGUCCUCUCUGGGUGCCAUGUUGUUGCGUGGCUUUCGUAUGGUAUCGGCGACUUCCCCUUAAGAAGAGGGGUCCCAUGACACUGCAUAGGUUGGAGAAGUAAGAGACGCCGUUGCAGAGGAGAACGAGGGCGUGGUGGGUUGGGUAUCGAAGUUGAGAUGGUGCUCGAAGUGCUUACGUCAGCGCUCGACUUUGGCCGAGUUGUCAGCAGUGAAACCGCCAUUCACGUCGCUAACAGAGUCGCUCAGAAUAGAGGGCUUGCCACUUACUUGGUGGAUAAUUUGGUAGAGUUUUUGAGUGUCACCAACGUUCGGGGACUGUUCCAUGGAUGUCACUAUUUCAGCCGAGUAUUGCUUCCGGCCAUCCCUGGCCGACUUUACCGUCAUCUUUCUAAGUUGGCGGAAGGAAUCAUCAUUACGGGACACGGCCCGAGCCGUCUGAGAAGACAACUGCAGGGUCCUUCUGCUGAUCCAGUCACUGCGUCGCGACUGGGCAUGUUCAAGGAUUUUCUCGUUUGUCCUAUAGACUGGCGUUUUCAAUGACGACCACCGAUUACUGUUUUUUCUGUCGCCUCGGCUCGUAAAACAGGACCAGAUUUCUGUGCUAAGGUCCUCGGCAGUGGCGGUUUGCCGGAUUUUUGCGACAUUGAGGCGUCUAGGAUGUGGCAUUUUUGGCGCGGAUGAAACGUGAACUUUUAAGCGUGUACGACCGAGUACGUGGUCCGACCCAUUGCGGCGUUACCAGUCUCGACAUCGCGCAUCGAUCUGCUAUCAUGAACCCAGCUGCGGAUCCUUGAGCUGACUAGUAUGUAGUCAAUCUAACUGGCUGUAUGACCGUCGUUUGAAUACCCGGUCAGCAGAUGUUUAUUGCGAUGCUGGAAACACGUGUUGGUGACAAGCAGGCGGUUCUGAUCAGCGAAGUUCAACAAUCUCUCUUCACUUUCACAUCGGGAACCAACCCCAAAGUGGUCAAGAAAACUGUUUGUGGAGUCGCUGGGUCCAGUUCAACGAUUCCAAUACCUGGCGAAAAUCAGCAGAUCGCGGCGAGGGAGUCAUUCAACCAACACUCGCAACUGCGAGUAAAACGCCUCUUUAUCGCGCUGCUCGGCAGCUGAAGUUGGUGCGUACACAGAGACGAUGGAAAUGUUCACGAAGUGACCCUUCAGUCGCACGUAGGCCAUCUGCUCAUUGACUGGUUCCCAAGCAAGUAGCACGAGGUCCGCUUGUUGCGAGAGGGUGAUAGUCACACCAUGUUUACCAGAAGAGUCGCGCGGGUUUCUGUGGUACAAGGGAAAGUGUGAUUCGACCCCGGGGAUCGUUAUCUCUGGAGAACCUGAGCCGUGAAGUCGAAUUUCAGACAGACUGCAGACCUUUACUUUAUACUGAUUAAGGUUGCGCGUGGUCUGAUUUUGGGUACUGGGGUCCAGCAACGUCCGCACAUUCCAGCAUCCAAUACCAAGAGUCCGCCCGCGAUUGUGUAGUCAGGCUCGCAUACUAUUAGCCCGCAUCAUUAAACCAGGGUUGCGGAGCGCGUCGGUUCCUGCGGACGCCGUAGCAUGGGCCGUAAUACUGUAGUCGGACAUAUUUCAUGAGGUAUCCAGGGGAUCGUGAAUACAGGCGGGUCCCCAGCAGCCGCUCGAAUUGUUUUUUUCGAGGCUCUCUUCUAGCCUAGCAACAAGUCAGCGGUGGCAAGCAAACUUAUUUACUGGCGAUUUACGGUCGCCAUGUGACAAUGUUGUCGUCGGGUUUUGCGACUUUUUUUAUAAGGCAUUCAGUGUGCCAGACCUCAGCCCUCUGCCCCCUGUGUUAGAACUGUCGCUACUCGUCCGCGACUGCUUAUCUGAGUCCGAUAUUUUGCAGCCAACGUUCGCUGAAGUCUGUUCCACUAACCGCCACCUGUGGACGCGUGGGGCCGCCAGCAGCUAAGCUAACGGGCGACCUGUCUUCCCUGUGUAUAUUAGUAGUGACUUCUGCCGCAAAUAUCCUGUCCUGCCCUGUCCGUUUUUUGUGGCCUCCCAUCUACCACAUGCGCCUUUUUUGCAAGCCAAAUUUGAGACUGCACUACUGUUACCUUAAAGUCAUCGUAAAUGAAAACUAAAUUUUGUGUGUAGGGUGGAAAGCCACUCGACUUCGUUUAAGAUUGUUUUGACAAAGCGUUUCCUUCAGUUUAUAGAUGAGGCCAGAAUAGCAACCACCUACGAUUCCCAAGUUGAUCCCGAAAAACCCGAAUUGGACGUAAUAUUUUGUUGCCUCUGCGCCGAAGAUGCUUCAAUAAUAUGUCACGACUGCGAUGACGACGAAUUUUGUGAAAAUUGUUUCAGGUAGGAUUUUGCUUUCAAGUCCAGGCUUCCUUCUUCUCCUAAACUUACUGCAUUUAAUUAUGCAGCUUCUGAAUCUUCUGGUGCCUGCUGAUAUAUGAUUUUCUUAUGUGUUUAGUAGAAAAAUUGGCAAAUGAUACCUUUUACUAAUCCUCCUUCGGAUCAUUACAAUUACAUAAACAGUUAAACUCAGAAUGUCACGUAAUGGCGGGUCCGGAUGAAGUAGGAUCAUAGACGAGGGGAAGUUGGUUUUGCGAUCGGUGAAUUCUGAGCUAGAACGGGGUGGGACGACCGAGAGCAGGGCACGUACGUCACAGGCAGUGGACUACGUGGGAUUCGGCCAUGGUGAUUUGUACGUCUGUACGAAAGUUUUUCGCUCCCAGAUCACUUGGCUUAGAUGAUACGAUGGUUGCUCCUACUGCCAAGACGAUGCGCUAUCGCAGCGAACAACGCCCCAGUUUCUGAUAAAUCACUCGAAAGACUUGGUCAGCGUUCAUAAGACGUAUAUUGGCAAAGUGCGCCACGAGAAACCUUUAAUUGAUGAAACGAAUCGUGAACUUGGCACCCCAGUUCACAUUUUGGAUUAAUUUUACUAUGCGCGCUUAAAAUUCUGUCGACGUCCAUGCAGACAAAACGAUUGGGCAGACAUGGUAUCGCUACUAGGACCCAUUCCAGGAGACGUUAAUUAAGGUAUUGAAGGAAUUCCAACCUAGUUACUUUAUUACUAAGUUGUAUUAUCUUGACCGGCAUGCUGGCGAACUCUUUGCUGUAGCGGGUGACCUGCAUUAAUUCCUCCUAAAGACAAAUGAGACCUGUCAAUGAAUUUCACAUUAUAAGUUAGGAUCAGUGAUUUCCUCGCGUUUCUGGCCGUGCUACUAACCAUGAUCGUCGGCUAUUUAAUUGGAAGAGGCUUCAUUCGACAAAGUAUGGCACAGUAGACUAACGUUCACAGUUUCGCACACCUGACCCAAAGACGUAAUUCAGUUAGUUGUUUAGCCUCCAGGACACGAUAAACCUGCCUUUCAGGUGCCAAGAGGAAUGCUGAUUAAAACACAACAUAUUGGAAGACAACGCUCUUGCUUUGAAAUUGUCGAAGACUGCUGCGAUAACCCUUUUCGCAGCGUUUUUCACAGCGAAUAACAUGAAUAAGCGUCAGUCCAAACGCAAAACAGCAACAAAUGAAUUACUUGGGAAAUCCUGCAUUGGCAGUCAACUUACUGUAUCAGAUUUGGUGGAUUCCAGACGUUUCAGUAGGUUGGGCGGGUAACUUGACCCAAAUGUGAUUAAACUCGCGUCGCCCGGCUGGACCUCGUAACUCAAGUGGUUAGAGCGUUGGCUGUACGAAAUCCUUCCCCUUAAUGCGUGGGUUCGAAUCCCACCGAGGCGCCGAGUUUUUCACAGUUGGGUCAAUGUGAGUUAUUCAAAAUCUGCCAAAACAUCUAUGAAAUGAAAAAAUGCCUGUUUAUUCGGUCGUUAUUUUGAGAGCUACGUUCGGCAAAUCUUCUCGUUAACGGUCUUCCUCAGCCCCCGUUCGAAUUUCCCGGCCUCCCAACCGGGUUUUUUCAAAAUAAUUCCCACCCUCUUUUGCAUGGUAAAAAGUCAAAUGACCUUUUUAACUCGCCUCUGCGUGCUCAGUUCUUGGCCUGCACCCGUGGCGCAGGUUAUCUCGGCUAGAGUAUAGAGUGUUUUGCAAGAGAGCUAGAGAAUAUCAGUGAUUUUGGCUGAGACAGAGUGAGACACUUGUCAUCCUCGGAUCUUUUAUGCCGUGUGGACCCUAGCCAUGUCUUUAGGGUGACCUAUCGGAUGUCGUAUUUUCAUUCAGUCACCACAGCUGCAAAGCGAUAACCGAUCGUGACGUUGUUGCCUUACCCUUCCGACUUUCCACCAUUGCUCCCACUUUUAGUCCAGCCAAUUUCCCUCUGUUUAUAGUCCUUAAUCAGUCACAACCGGAUGUUACAGUGUAUUUGGACCGUCUUCUGGGCGUCUAACCGCCAUUUCUUUAUCUUAGUAGGUCACCGGCUGAAAAUUUUCACAAACAGAGCCAGUGUGUUUUAGUUAAAUAUGCGUUUUUGGAUCUCUUUGUCUUGUAGUAAAAGCAGUCCUUACUACUUGUAUCAUUUCUCACAGCGCACCCCCCUUCUGAGGACCGCAUAAUUACUCGGGUCGAUGUCAGGCUCUACUGCUGUUACCAUAGACGGCUAUGCAAUAAGAAACCGUUUGCACGUCUGUUUUAUCCAGUUGAAUGCCUUUUCGGCAUGCUCGGAUAACUCAUCAAGGUACCGCGCGUCUCGAAUUUAUGCUCAACAAUCCCUACGCCUCUGUUAGGGCCAGAGUUUUCUGCCGUUCAGUGAGAGACGUGAUAGAUACCUGCUAGAGAUUAUUCAUCGUCGUUUACACUGGUGAUUCGUGUCUGUGCAGAGGUCCUUGUUUCCAAUGUGUGAAAGGCUACUACAGCGUUAGAGAGAUUUUUCGAUCUUUUAUUCUUUCGGAAAGUUUGGUGUAUUUUCAGGGCCAUGAUUGGGAAUGAUUUUCCCAGGGUGCGUAAAGUGGUAUGGGUUGGCUCACCUGUGCACGCAUACGUAUAGCGCUGCUUUAUACUUGUUCUGAUUUUUUGCUGACUCUCUGCGGCGCAACAACCGGACUCUUCGCAGCUUGUCCUCAUUGCCCAUCCCGUUAAUUGUUCUUAACAGUCCUAGCUUGUAUGCUUUUGGUCGCCACUUGCAAUAUUUCCAGGAAAUGCGUCCUCAGCCGGAAGGAGCACCCUUCAAGGGUGCUGUUUUAAGGAUCUUGCUGCGUCGUGAAACCUUCUCUCGGUCUUUAAACUAUAUUAUAUUUUGUUGAUCAAUUAUUCGCAGGAAGAGCCACAAGUCCAGGCUUUUGAAGAAACAUCGAACGUCUUCGAUCCAACAUCCCAAGAACACGUCCGUCAAGCCUCCGUAA